UCUCACCAUCAUCUUGCUCAUCAGUUACCCAGCUAUUUCUGCUGAAAAAAUAUCGCCCACCUCCGUCAAAUUAUAGCUGAGAUAAUAUAAUGGACAGAGUGAGAGAUUUGGCAUCAAACAAGGCGGCUGUUAUAUUCACCAAAAGCUCAUGUUGCAUGUGCCACAGCAUCAAGCAACUGUUCUACGAGCUGGGAGCAAGCCCGGCAGUGCACGAGCUGGACACUGAUGCGUAUGGCAGAGAAAUGGAAAGGGCUCUGAGAGGGAUGGGCUGUAACCCUUCAGUUCCGGCAGUGUUCAUUGGAGGCAAAUUCGUGGGCUCAGCCAAAGAUAUCAUAUCCCUCCACGUCGAUGGUUCUCUCAAACAGAUGCUCAUAAAUGCCAAGGCCAUAUGGUUUUAGGCUUUUAGCUAUAUAUAUCUAUAGUGCUGUCCGCUUUCAACAAGCUCCCUGUACUACCAUCACGCACGUAGUAGUAUAAGAGGAGUGGAUUUCUAAUGCAAGCAAUUUAGUCUGAUCUCACUGUUUUUAUUAUAAAGGGACACUCCUGCUUUUUCUUCAGCGUCCCGUACGUUAAGCAGAUUUGGAGAAUGAAGGAAGUGUGUAUAAAAUAGCCUUUUUUGUGAUCUUUUGAAAAGGCUCAUUCUAUAUGUAUAAUCACUGUUUAAGAGUUAGCUGAAUCCAUGUCUCAUAUAUAUAUAUAUAUAUAUAUAUAUAAUGGAGGGAAGGGCUAUGCACACA